AUGAAAAUGGCGGUAUGAAUGCUGUCGGUGAGCCCGAUUGAUUAGUGAAUCAUUCGUUCGUUUUUAGUUCGAAUUUGCAGUGAUUUAGCACUAAAUUCGUAACAAUAAGCUUUGCAAAAUGGUGAAACGUAAAAAUCAAGUGUUUACCGACUCAGACAGCGACUCGAGCGACGAUAGUGGAUCUGAUUUAGACUCGGAUAUAAGAUCUGCGGCCAAGAAGAAAAAGACGGGCAGCGAGUCUCCACAAUCUUCGCCGGUCGAAAAGUCCAAGAAGAAAUCGGACAAUGACUCUGAUUCCGAAACUUCCGAUUCUGAUGAUGACUGGGCGUCCAAAAGCAAAAAGAAAAGUAAGAAGCAGCCUUCUAGUCGGAAGGCAUCCAAAUCUUCUGAAAGUGAAGGAGAGGCCAGCGAGAAGGAAAAGAGUUCGGAGCCUGAAGAGGGAGAAGUAUCAGAUUCUGGCGGUGACUCAGACAUUUCUGACUCGGAGGAGGAAUUCAACGAUGGCUAUGACGAAAAUAUGAUGGGCGAUGAAGAGGAUCAAGCAAGAUUGGCCAAAAUGACUGAGAAAGAAAGAGAACAGGAAAUCUACAAGCGCGUGGAGCAACGAGAAGUCAUGAAGACAAGAUUUGAAAUCGAGAAGAAACUUCGACUUGCGAAGAAGCAGGAAAUGAACAAAAAGAAGGGCUUGGACAAGCACAGAUAUGAUGUCAAACGCAGCAGCGAGCGGAAAAAGGUUGCAGAAGAAAAUCGAGGCAAAACCGACAAGAAAGCUCAAGCCAUGGAUCUCCUUAAAGCGAAAAGACAAGCUAAAAUUGAAAGAGAGGAGAAAGAGAAGGCCCGUCAGGAGCAGGAAAUGAAAAGCAAGGAAGGUGAGAAAGACGGCGAUGAUGCUGAAGAGGAUUCUGACAAAGCGCCCACGAAACUCAAGCUCUCCGACAUAUACUCAGAUGAUAGUGGGGACGAAAGUGGAAAGCCUGACAAAGCUCCGGCGCGCAAAAGAUCCAUUAGCUCCUCCAGCAGCAGUAGCAGCAGCUCUGAUUCCGAGUCGGACAGUCGGUCUGUGGUUAGCGUCAAAAAGGUGCAGUACAUUUCAACCAAGGAGGAGCUCAACAAGUUGCGACUGUCUCGCCACAAAAUGGAGAAGUUUGUACAUCUUCCGGUCUUUGGCCGCAUCGUGACUGGAUGCUUUGUGCGUAUUGGGAUUGGCAACGACAACUAUGGGACCCCAGUUUACAGAGUUGCUGAAAUCAUGGACGUUUGUGAAACUGGUAAAAUUUACCAACUUGGCAGCACUAAGACCAAUAAGGGACUGAAACUGAGACAUGGUGGAAACGAGAAAGUAUUCAGACUGGAGUUUGUCAGCAAUGCGGAAUUCCAAGAAUCAGAGUUCCAGCAUUGGAAGAAGGCGUGUGAAAACAAGGGCGUCUCUGUGCCCACUCUGGAUCACCUGGAGAAGAAAGUCAAAGACAUCAGUGAAGCUUUGGUUUACGAAUUUAAAGAAGAAGACAUCGAGAAGAUUAUUCGUGAGAAAGAGAGGUUUAAGACGAAUCCAUUUAAUUAUGCAAUGAAAAAAACGGAGUACAUGAAGAUUAAAGAAGAAGCGCUGCAGAGGGGCGAUGAAUCUGUCGUUGCUGAUAUGGACAAAAAGCUGGCUGAACUGGAGGAAAGGGCCUCUGAACUGGACAAAGCUCGCACUCAAACCAUCCAGAGUAUCAGUUACAUAAACGACAGAAACAGGAAGCGUAAUGUUGAGCGGGCCGAGCAGGCAAUAUUGGAGGAACUUCGAGCAAACAAAGGCAAGAAGAUGGAUGAUCCAUUCACCAGACGCAGCACCAAACCGCGCAUGGUGUUUAAAGCUGAAGAAAGGAAUUCCGAACCUGAUGAUGCUCCAAUUCAAAUGCAAGAGAUUCUGCCUGAGAGGUCAAAUAAUAUAAAUAUCGUUCCUGUCGCUCUUCCGCCAAAAUCAAGCGAUGAUCUCUUCUCUGCGCACGAUUUUGAUAUAAAAAUCGACUUGGAGGUUCCCCUACCCCAUAAUCCUGUCAGUGUAACACCAAAGAUUGCUACCACUGUCAAGGACACGGGGCCGCGGCGAUCUUUAAACCUAGAGGACUAUAAGAAAAAACGGGGCCUCAUUUAAAUACGCACUACUUAUGUAUUAGCAACAAUUAUUAUUAUUUAUGGCUUAUGUUACGCCUUUGUGGAAAAGGAUUGUUAGAGUGCCAAUCUUGUGCUUUGAGUAUCUUGUUUGGUAUUAUACGUGUAAGGAAAGUUAAUCAUGUAAUAAUACGAACCAUUUGGGUUCUUUGAGUAAUAUGUUGUGAAGUAACCAUAAUAACACAUAUAACACAAAUUAAAUAUUGGUAUCUGAUAAACACAAGUCUUGUGAAAUAAAUUAAGAACUAUUGGAGAACAA